GAUGGAAAUUGGUAAAUGUGCUUAAUCACUAACUUUUUACAGAAGGUUGAUGCUGCUGAGUUGCUCCGUCUCUACUUAAACUAUGACCUUUUAGAAGAAGCUGUGGAUUUGGUUUCAGAAUAUGUGGAUGCUGUAUUGGGAAAAGGACAUCAGUACUUUGGAAUUGAGUUUCCACUGUCUGCAACGGCUCCAAUGGUGUGGCUCCCAUACUCUUCCAUUGAUCAGCUCCUCCAGGCUCUGGGAGAGAACAGUGCCAACAGUCACAACAUUGCACUGUCCCAGAAAAUACUUGACAAAUUGGAGGACUACCAGCAAAAAGUUGAUAAGGCAACACGGGAUUUAUUAUAUCGUCGGAACUUGUGAUCUGGAUGGUUGCCCAGCCUUUGUAACUGCUUGGUGCCUCUUAGGGCUUAAGACUUUACCCAACAGGAAACCUGUACUCCAGGCCGGUUUUUAUACCUGUAAAUGAUGUGUACAACAGUCAAGUCUGCAUUCUGCACAAGAAAGAAGGGCAGAUGAGUCACAGGCCCUGUGCUUGCUGGUGGUGCUAAUACAGUUUCUGGUUUUCAACCUUGGUCUCAGACAGCUGCUUUUGUAUAUGAUUCACAAGCUUUUUUAGAGUUUA